UUUGCACAUUUUCUGCUUUAGUAAUUUCCAUUUUGUAUCGUUUCUUGUCCUUGUCCCUUUUUUAUCUUUGUUUUCUUUAACAACUGUUCAAGAAAUCGAUUUAAACUUAAAACCAUCGUCGUUUAACGGUCGUUUUACCGUCGUUUUUGAGCUCUUGAGGGUGUUUUUGAGCUAAAAUUUAAAACCUUGGAUUCAGCUUGAAUCUUUUUAUGUGGAAUUAAUGCACAUUGUCUAUUCUUUAGUGUCUGUGUUUUGAUGUUCAGAAAAUUGAUGUAUGGAGCCUCUGGAUGGAUGGCUGAAUCGAGCUGAAGACACCGGUUAGAUUGCUUCCACUGGACAAUUGCUACAUUGAAAUGAACGUCAGCUUCAUUUUAUUUGUUUAAUCAAAAUGUAGUCCAAACUGGUCAGACUCCCCUCCCCAAAAAAGAGCUACAUUUUCUUUAAUUUUAAGGGAAAUGUAUUUUUAUCUGUGCCGUCUUUCAAUUUUCGUGAAAAACAGUUCGUGCGCUAGAUCUUUGUUCCUCGGGCGUAUACGUUCUUGCCGUCGCGUUUGUUCCGUCGUUUCGUUAGCUCUCGGUUUCUUUCUGUUUCGUUGACCUGUGGGAUUCAGUUUUAAUUAUUUUGUUCUCUUUUCUUCAAGAUGGUGUCUAUUGAUUCUUAGGUCAUAGAUGUGCGAAGAAGGAAGCGAGCUGAAGAUGACUGGUCACUUAGCAUUUAGAUGUUUCUCACUGAAGUGCAUAAGAUAAGUAAUUUUUCAGUUUGAGCAAAACUUUUGGCCUGUUUAACGAAAGGUAAGGCUCUGAGUUUCUUUUUUCUUUUCUUGCUUUCUUUACCAUGGCGUAUUGUUGGCUUCCACUAUUUGUGCUUCAUUAUUGUUUCGCAGGUUGUUUCUUUUUAUGUGUCUUACGUAUUUUUGUAUUCUUUCUUUCGACCAGCGAAACAAAUUUAUUUCUCAUUAACUCCAAUGAGCAGACGUACAAUUCUGACGAUGGAGGAAGCGGACUGUACACGACUUAACACAAACUGCAAAUAAGGGACUAAAUCCUUGAAGCAAGGUUUUACCAAGUGGAUGAACUUGGGAUGACCACCAAAGAUAUUGAUAUGUUUGCGAAGAAUGAAGACAGUCGAAGACAAAGCACCGGUCUACACUUUCCAUCUUGGAGUUGUUGGAGCAUUAUGGUUUGAGAAUUUCAUUACGUAAUAGUUAGAUUACUUUAUUUGGUUGGCAAUUUAUUUUUUCCAUAAAGUAUGCACUAUAAGAUUUACACACAUUAUGAGGUAUAAUAUUAUCAAUAAGAGUCUUUUGUGAUGUGGCAAAAGUAAAGAAACCCACUUUUAAAAUGUAAAAGCACUAUGGACCAUGAAAAUAUUUUGCUUUCAUUUUUUGUUUAAACAGAGUUUUAAGACUUUCUAUCACCAUCAGCUGUUUCCAAAGGAAUACAUCGGGAGUCUAUGGUCAUCAGGCUCGGUCAGUGAGCUUGGUGCGUGCUUGCUGUGGUGUCGGACUCAAGAGAUGUGGUGUUUUGUGAAAGUAGAGCUUCUGCUCAUUUGUUUGUCUCCAUCAGCCAACAAGACAGAAUCCACUUUAUUCUUCUGAUAAAUGAGUAUAUUCUCAAUAGGAAAACAACCACACUAAUGGUGGACUUCGCAAGUUAGCAGUGUUAUUUAGUGUUUUGUAUUAUAGAGCCCAUUGACAGGUAGUUGGUAUUCCUGAUAUAUUUCGACUGACUUGAUACAUUAAAGUGCAGAGAAAUGUUCUAGGAGUAAUAGGUGUAAGCGAUUUUAGAUGGGAACAGUGAAACUCGGAUGAAACUGAAGCAUGCAUAGCUAUUUCUUACUGUCGGAAAUCGAAGGAUGAAUGUUACAUUUGACAUAGGCAAAAAUCCUCAAAAGUUCAUUCACCCUAACACAACCACUUAAUACUAACACCAACACUGACUGCCAUUACUUAUUAGUCCACCAUCCACCAAGGACACAGUGCUAAAUUAUUGCCUAAUGCAAAUGAAACAUUCAUAGGGCCUAUGCAGAAAUUCUUUUGUAGAUGUGUAAAAGCAUUAAGUGCCGAACUACGUCGUCUGAGUUUUAGUGUUCCCGCCACCUCAAUGUAAUGUUGCACUAGGACAACACUGUAUGCUUACUUUGUAUUAUCGUAUAAUUCAGCUGGGAAUUUUUAUACUAAAGAAUAAAAUGUCAAGUUAUUUACCACAGCUUGCAUUGAGAUGUAUUCCUGGAUUCUUCAGCUGACUUGCAUUCCCUUUCCAAUAUUCUUGUUGAAGCUGAUGAUUAUUUAAAUAUAUCCAUGUAUGCGCGUUGCCAUUUUUUUGGGGGGGGUGUUUCUGGGGGAAGCAUUCAUUGGUAUCAAACUGAUAAGCAUUGGAAGGGGGGUAUUAUAAGGGGUUUACAUUUUAAGUGAAUUAUGCCAUUUUUACUCCUUUCAAUUUUUAAUUUUUUUUACUUCUUUUUUCAUCAUUUUUUUUUGUCGGGGGAGGGAAAGCGCCAUCGAGGGAUACCGCCAUCGCAAAGUUAACAGAAAGCCCGCCGAUUGGUGAAAGGAAGCCACGAGAGGGCGCAAUAGAAAUCGGUGAGCGUAUGCUCGAUCGAGUCCGCUAUCGAGUUCUGCCGUCUAUCUUGGCCCGAGACUAGGGUAACGCAUGCGCAUUGAGUAUUUGCGAAGUGGUUGAGGUUGGUGUGUAUCCAUGGACGCUGUAUCGCAAGCAUUGGCUAUGAUUACUUUUUCCUCAUCGGAAGCUUGUUGUACAUGUACAUUGUAGGCCUACGUCUACCCCCGGCUCGUCCAUGGUGUCGAAUACAUUUUGAUUAACCUGAUGAGAGACUUUGGAUGAAAAUGAACUAUGCAGCAUUCUACUGAAGAAAAAAUCUUGACUGCCAGGCCGGUGCUCCCCCCGAUUAAACCUGAGAUACUGGAUCAACAUACACAGCAGAGGCUGAAAAAUGGCCUUGAAUGUAAUGCCGUGGAAGAAAUGCUUGCGGAGUACUUACCCGGAUACUGCCCACUGUUAAUGGCAGUUAAAGCAGAAUUUGAAAACUGCAUACAAACCAUCCAACGAGGAAACCAGGAAGCGUUGUAUCUGUCUGGCAAAAUCAGAUCCAUGGUUGCUGAACAAACUACCCUGAGUUACUAUACCAGGCGGAUUGACCAACUUAAGCAAAUAAUCCCUGUCAUUCAGUCCAACAAUAAGAAGCUACAUCCUGAACAAAUGACCAUUCAAAUGGAGUCAGGAGAUCACCUUCAAGAAAUACAGGAGCAAGUGAUUUCAGUGGAAGUACCAGUAGAUAAUGGACAUGUAAAUGCACCCAAAAGACUUUUCCAUGGGUUGAUACUUGGAGAAUCAAUUGAUGUUGAACAUCUUCGUAAACAAAGCUCCAGCUUAGAUCAGCAAGUCAACAACCUUCGUCAAGCUAGAAAGAGUCAUUAUACACCUAGAGAACAAAAGGAUCGAUUGAAAGUACAACUAGCUACAAAAACCAAAGCAAAAGACCUUGUCACCGAGAAAAAUUUUCAACUGAAAGCAAGGUGCCGGAAAUUACGUGUUGCAUUAGAUGCUCUAAGAGUGUACGAGAAGGAUGCCCUUGUGCAACCAACACAGGCAGAGGUUAUCAUUCAUGCAUUAACUCGAUCAAACUCAAAGAUGAGCUCCAGAAGUACAGAUGUUUUAUCGUCCACAUUUGAUGAUGAUGACCCAAGUAAAGAAAGAGAAGCUGAGAUGCUGCUGGACUAUAUUGAAUAUUUUAAUGAGUUGUUUGGAGAGGGGAACUAUAAAGAUGCUGCAAUGCAUGCUGCGAGUAGUCCAAAAGGAAUACUGAGGAACUCUGAGACUCUUUCCCGAUUCAAAGGAAUAUCAGCUAGGUCUGGCAAAACAUCACCUCUUCUGAUUUAUUGUGAGGCACUGGUUUCAUCUGUUCCGGCUGUUGGUUUACUACCAAAUGCAGAAACAUCACUUGAGUGUGUAAAGAGUGCCCUUGUGGAAGAUAGACUUGACCUAGUGAUGUAUUGGCUUGCUCAAAAAAGACUGACAUGCUCAGAACCACUUGGCCAUCUUCUGUACAACUACACCCAAGGAAAAAGUGAAGAUAUUCUUAGUAAAGGUCUUCCCCUGGCUGAAGCAGUGUAUACUGAGGUUGAUGCACAAAUACAAGCUGCUGUAUGUAUGUGUAAACAGGGUAAAGUGCAAGCCAUGGCAGAUUAUGCAAUCAGUGCUGGAUUUGGUAAAGACAUGUAUGUUGGUGUUCUGGUAGCCUGCCCGUCACUUGCACUAGCUGAGGUCCUCAUCCAGCUGAGGGACACAAAGGGAAAGCCUGCUCUCUCUGUUGGUGCUGUAGUUUUUGCACUUCUGCAAACUGACAGCUAUACUGUUGGAUUACAGCUUUUGGAUGAGAUACAUCAACGCAUUAAAUCAGUUCAUUUCUACCACUCUCAAUACCGUUAUGGAUUUGGAGCAAUGCCAGCCAACAAACGACGACAUCAAGAGAGCCAUCUGCUUGUUCCUGGGACCAGUCCUUACACCGCGGGCAUUGACAUGGACUUCACCACGCUCCCUGCGCAGACUGACUUCUGAGGAAAUAUCCGGGCACUUGUCUACCAUGCACACUUAGGGGGAACUCAUCAUCGUCAAACUACCGAGAAGCUGCUGCAGUACAAGUGUUUUCAUCAAAAAGACCCAUGCAACAUCAACUUGACUGGUAACACAAUUGUCAACAGACAAGAAUAUGAGGACAGAUACAGUCUCCCAUGCUCCAAUGCUAUUUGACAAAGCCUCAAACAAUACUUGAUAGGCCAAGGCUACCUGCACGCUGAAGGUGAUAAGUUGUUUUUUACAACACUUACAUAAAUCCUUGUUAUCUAGUUGGUCUCAUUCGAUUGCCCCUGUGCUUUUCGCAACAAAAUUCUUUGUAAUAUUUAGCACAACCGUUCAGAAGUUUGAUUUUUUGGUCACUGUUUAACUUUUCAUUUACCUACGAUUUAUUGGGCUUACAUUUCUAAUUUAUUUUCCUUUUUAAUCAGUUAAUCUCAAUUUCACAUUUCAUAUUUGGUAUGCGAAGUGUACACAUGCAGUCCAACCAAUUCAUACAAAAUUAUAUCUUUUAUCAAUAGCCUGUUCACCCUUAGCACCAGAAGUACAUGUAUCUAAGGUUCUCGCACAACAGUAUUUUAUUGAAUUCCACGUCUUCCCCUUUGGUCUGUCAACAUCACAAGUGGUAUUCACUUGCAUAACGAGCAGUUGCAGCACAUGUACAUCAAAGAUACCGUGACCUCCUGAUAUCUCGACAACUGGGAUUUCUAUUAAACCACAAAAAAAUGAGUCUCGUCCAGUCUUAAUGACCUGUCUUCCUGUCUGUCCACUCCAAUAGCUGCACUAGUUGCCAGUCUUCGGCUGUGAACGGUAGAGUCUUGCUUACUCGUCAAUCAAAAAGUCUCUCCCGUGCUUUUGUCUCAUUGUGCCUAAGGUCAGCCUCUUAUAUCUUGUCCCAUGGUGUUGUAAUGAUCCCACGAGACCACUAAAACUACAGCAUAGUGUACAUGUACCAUCUUCCCUAGUGAGAUCCAAUCACAAUACUCGUGUAUACAGUGUAUAUCAUUGCUACUCCAUCCACAUCUUUGUUGGUGGAUGGACGACCUUGAGGCAACCUUUACUUUCCACGGCUUCCCCAGAGAUGACGAUCACUACCGAUGUGUUGACAUCGGGCUGGAAGCAUGAGUGACCUCUCAGCUAGUGUGGUCAUUGAGUCCCCAUUUCCUGAGCCCUCACAUCAGUGCCUUGGACCUUCGUACAGUUCGCAAUUUCUCCGGGCACUUCUAAUCUGCAGUGCUGGCUCCAAUUAGAUGCCGUGACAGUGAUGGAGUGUAUCAACUGACUUGGCAGCACUCACCUACCAAACCAAAGUCUUCUCUGUUGGAUAAACCCUAACGCCUUAAA